AUGGCCGCCAUUGGACCGGAUCCACCAACUGAAGAGUUCAGCCAGAUCGAAGAGGAGGAUAUUGCGCCAACCAAGCAAGAAGUAUCUUCAACCUUUGAUGUCACGAGAGUCGCAUCUACCGAGCCGCCUCCCAAUGGCGGAUGGGUAGCAUGGUCACAAGUGCUAGGUGGGCAUAUCAUCACCUUCUUCACCUGGGGCUUCAUCACAUCAUUUGGUAUGUUCCAAGCGCACUAUACCUCCAUUGGACUGUCGACCGCGUCCAAUAUCUCAUGGAUCGGUGCACUCACCGUCUUCUUCCUGCUGUCCAUCCCUCUUUGGUCUGGCGCCGCGUCAGACACCGGUCAUUUCAAGCUUGUUCUGCGCGUAGGCAUUGGACUAUGGUUGGUCGGCAUCUUCAUGACAAGUAUCUGCAAGGAGUACUGGCAGUUCGUGCUUGCGCAGGGGUUUUGCAUCGGUUUCGCAAAUGGAUGCAUGUUCGUGCCCAUGGUAUCCGUGAUCUCGACAUAUUUCGAUGCGACAAAGCGGAGUUUUGCAAUUAGUAUCACGUUAUGCGGGUCGGGCACUGGUGGGCUAGUUAUUCCGAUCAUGCUCAACAGGUUGAUUGAUCGCAUCGGGUUUGGAUGGGCGGUGAGGACGUUGGGCUUCAUGGCGCUGGUCAUGCUAUUGAUUGCUGAGCGGCUGCUAAAGAAGCGGCUUCCACCAAAGGUUGCGGUCAAGAUGCUCGAACCGAGUGAGCUCAAGGACCCGGUCUUUGAUCUUUUCAUUCUCGGCUCGGUCUUUUGCUUCGCAGGUCUUUGGUUCGCUUUCUUCUAUAUCAAUGCUUUCGCUCGAACAACGUUGGGUAUGACGUUGGAAGAAUCGAUACCGCUCCUCUUGGUGCUAAACGGCAUCGGCAUUCCGGGACGUCUGUUACCCGCGUACGUUGCUGGCCGCUAUUGCCGGCCAUUGACCAUCAGCCUGAUCGUCAGUUUCGUCACUGCUCUUCUACUAUAUUGUUGGAUUGCGAUCACUUCGACAGCAGGAAUGUAUGCCUUUGCGGCGCUUUACGGCUUGUUUGCUGCAGGCUUGCAAGCCAUGUUCCCUGCAACACUCGCCGAUCUUACCCUGGACAACAAGAAAAUCGGAACAAGAAUGGGCAUGGGGUUUGCCUUGUCUAGUUUUGGUUGCCUUAUCGGAGGUCCUGGUGGAGGUGCGUUGGUUGAGGUUGGCAACGGAUCCUAUCUGUAUGGACAGGUGCUUGCUGGCUCAUGCGGUGUAUUGGGCUUCAUGUGUUUCUUGGUAGCGGCAUUGAUACAUAAGAGGCAGGCAAAGCUGUUCGAUGGCGUCUAA